AUAUAGGUCGUCUGCGUGAGUCCUGCGCCAGUAAUCACGAUGGGAUUCCAUAGUGUAGUGAGCGUGCUGGCGCUGGCGGCGGUCGCCUUCGCCUCUGUGAAUGAUAACGCCCUGGGAGGCGGAGAACGAGUUUUUGUAGCUCCAGUUUUAGCUCCCCCGAGGGAAACGAGGACUCAUGUUACGGAUCGCUCGCGCCAGUUUCCAAUAUUAGUACUUCUCACUCAGGGAAAUCAGCAGCCUAAAGUGUUGGAACCCCAAGCGAAGUCGUUAGGUGUAAAUACACAACCUAUUUAUGUUCAGAAACUAGAAGAUCAAGAAAGACAAGUCCGUUCGAACAGACAAAAGCGACAUCUUAAGAAGUUAUUAGGUCUUGGAGGUAUAUCAUUUGGCGGUGGAUAUGGAUAUGGCGGAGGCGGUGGAUACGAGGGUAGAGGUCACGGUGGUUAUGACGGUGGCUACGGUGGGCACGGUGGUUACGGUGGUCAAGGAGGAUACGGCGGCCACGGUGGAUACCAGGAACCAUCAAAAACCAUUGUUGUGAAAGUCAUUAAAGAACAUGGAGGUCAUCAUGGAGGCGGUGGUUAUGGUGGCAACUAUGGUGGCAAUUAUGGUGGCAAUUACGGCGGAGGUUCCAUCCCAAGUGGACAUGGCAAUGGUGGUGGAUACGGGGGUGGAGGCGGCGGCGGAUACGGUGGUGGUUACGGCGGUGGUUACGGCGGUGGUUACGGCGGCGGUGGCGGCGGCGGUGGCGGUGGUGGCGGCGGCGGAGGAGGUGGAGGUGGUGGCGGCUACGGCGGCGGAUAUGGCGGAAACAAUGGAUACAGCGGCGGCGGACAACAUGGUGGCGGUUGCGGCGGUGGCUGCGGUGGUAAUUACGGCGGUGGUAGUAGUUCAGCAACAGCCACUGCCACAGCAACGGCUACAGCUCAUGCGAAUUCCAAUGGGUACAAAAAACGCUAAAUUAAAUCAAAACGACUAGACGACUGUGUCAAAAUAAGAAUAUUAAAAAAGAUCUAUACAGAUUUUCGUUUAAUAUGUAUAUGUGAACUAUAGUAUAUUAUACUUUUAUAGAAAUAACAAAAAAACAUUUAAAGGCUUUAUUACUGAGUUAAACAGAUUGACUUAAGUAUAAAUCUGUUAAUAUAAAUAAAUAUUGUAACUAUAUUAAUCUGACAUUUUGGAACAAAUCACAGCUUUAAUUAAAUAUAUGGUAUGCAUAUUUAAUUCCAUUAAUACACAUUUUUUUUGUAAAUUAAUUUAAUAAUAAUGUAUAAUUUUGAAAAUAAAUGUAAGGAAUGCAAUGUCAAGUACUUCAUAACGCCAUUUUUUAAAAAUAUUAUUGGAAUUUAUUUAAACUUCGAAUGAACAAUAUAAUUUAAAAAAAUCACAGGAUAUUAUAUCAAUAUUUACUAUUAUUAAAAUAAAUAUAUAUAAAAAAAAAAAUCCCUUUUUACUAAACCACUGUGACAUUAAUGACAGCUAAUAUAUGUAUUAAAAUUUGUUUAUAACUUCUUGUGAAUCUGUGAUUUGAAUAAGAGAAUAAAUGUAUUCUAUUUUUUUAAUAUAAAGACUCUUUAAUAGAACAGUAAUCCUACAACAACUUAAUUAACUGCCAUUUAUUCCUCGUUUGUAACUGCAUAUGAUACGCGAUUAAGUUAAAUGUAUUAUAAUUGUAGCAUGAUAGUCAAUGUCUAUGACGAUGAAUGCGCCUUACUACAUGAAUACUUGCUAAUCAUGUUCAAGUCUUAUGAAUGAAAAGAAAAAAAAAUGUUAGCCUAAAUUGACACUACUGUUCUAUUUUUAAUAAAAAUAAUUGUAUUUGAUUCGUGCGUGUACUCUU